UUAGAAUAUGGAAUUCCUUGUGUAUGUUCUUCUUGGCUCCGUAUUUCUGUUCUACCUCUUGGUCAGGCCCUUCCUCCAGCCACGCAAACUGCUGCCACCAUCUCCAAGGGGCUUGCCAUUGAUCGGCCACCUCCAUCUCUUGGGAAGGCAGCCCCACAUCUCUCUCCAAGAGCUGUCCAACAAGUUUGGAGACAUUGUGUGCCUGAGAUUGGGGCUUGUGCCAGCGAUUCUAAUCUCCAGUUCCGCGGCAGCGAGAGAGGCACUCAAAACCCAUGAUCAAACAUUUUCUGGUAGGCCAUACUUCCUCUUGGGCGAUUACGUCUACAGCUCCAAAAGCAUGGUGUUGUCACCCCCUAACGAGCACUGGAGAAGAAUGAAGAAGCUCUUCAACGCGGAGCUCUUCACGGCAAAUCGCUUGGCUUCGUUCUUGGAGGUGAGACGCGAAGAGCUGGCUUCCAUGGUUUCUUUUUUGAUCGACAACCAGUCGAGAGUGGUGAACGUGAGAGAGCUUGUCCGGAGCUACACUUUCAACACAAUAACGAGGAUUGUCAUGAGCAAGAGGUUUUUUGGGGAGAAGAACACUGUGAACGAGGAGGAAGCUAUGGAGUUCAUGGAAGUUAUGGAAGAGAUUAUCAAGUUUGGCUUCGCAUUCCACAUAAGCGAGCUUGUACCGGCUUGGGUCAGAUGGAUUGACUGGAAAAUCCCAGCAGUGAAACGAAUCGCCGCAAGGGAAAACAUUGUCAUCCAAAAGAUUUUAGACGAGCACAGGAAAACCAAAAGUUCCCGAGGCACAAAGGAUUUCCUGGACAUUCUUCUUGAGAAUGAUACUGAAGGCGAUGGAGGUGGAAAUGAUCUUGACAAUGCCAGAGGUACCAUCAUGGAACUAGUUGGAGCUGGAACUUAUACCACUGCCUGUGUGAUCGAGUGGGUUAUACUAGAACUUCUAAGGAAUCCAGAUGUUCUUGAAAAAGCCCAGCAUGAGCUUGAAUCCAUUGUGGGUCAGACCAAUCGCCUGGUAGAAGAAUCAGACAUUGAGCAUCUGACUUACCUCCAAGCGAUUGUGAAAGAAACGUUUCGGCUCCAUCCUCCUGCACCACUCCUGUUACGUAUGUCCACUCAGGAGUGUGUUAUAUCCAACUAUCACAUCCCGAAAGGUGCCAACACCUUUGUAAAUGUCUACGCUAUUGGAAGGGAUCCAGGCCUGUGGGAGAAUCCAAUGGAGUUCUCGCCAGAGAGGUUUGUUGGUUCGAGCAUGGACGUCCGAGGUCAGGACUUCGAGCUGAUUCCAUUUGGAGCUGGGCGGAGAACUUGCGCGGGACUGACACUCGGUUUGAAGGUUGUCCAAAUUGGACUUGCGAAUUUGCUCCAUGGGUUCGACUGGAGCUGUGUUGCUGGAAGGGACUACGAUGUUGCUGAAAGCAGCGUUUCUGUGAUUUGGCCAAAGAAACCACUCGAAGCAAUGGUGACUCCAAAAUCUAGAUAAGAAAAUGAGAAAAUAAAUAAAUAUUAAGUUAAAUG